GCUGGAUUUGAAUGGUAUCAAGCUGGCUGGUCCAAUUCUUUUGCCACCAGCUGUUUGUGAAGUGUAGCUCUGGGCAAUAGCAACAAAAGAUACACGGACCGGAGCCUGUGGGCUGGUGAAUGAGAGAUGGAGCGUUUCUUGGGGUUGGUCAAGCAGAUAAGGAGAUCGAGGAGAAGAAAAGGCAAAAAGUACCGUCCGGAGGAGGAUUAUCAUGAGGGCUAUGAGGAUGUAUAUUAUUAUGCCUCAGAGCACUUUCCAAAUGACAGUCCAUAUACUAAAUCUGCAAACCAGUCAAAGCCACCUGAUGGAGCACUAGCUAUAAGAAGGCAGAGCAUUCCAGAGGAAUUCAAAGGCUCAACAAUCGUUGAACUGAUAAAGAAAGAGGGCACUACUUUGGGGCUUACAGUAUCUGGUGGAACAGACAAAGAUGGAAAACCAAGAGUGUCUAACCUUCGACAAGGAGGAAUUGCUGCUAGAAGUGACCAACUGGAUGUGGGGGAUUACAUCAAAUCUGUAAAUGGAAUCAACCUGACAAAGUUUCGCCAUGAUGAGAUCAUUAGUUUGCUCAAGAAUGUUGGUGAGCGGGUUGUAUUAGAAGUGGAGUAUGAGCUGCCACCUGCUUCUGUACAAGGUUCAGGUGUUAUUUUUAGAACUGUGGAAGUUACUUUACAUAAAGAAGGGAACACUUUUGGAUUUGUAAUUAGAGGUGGAGCACAUGAUGUCAGAAAUAAAUCCCGUCCUAUUGUAAUAACAUGUGUUAGACCUGGAGGUCCUGCCGACAGAGAGGGUACUAUCAAGCCUGGAGACAGGUUGCUCAGCGUUGAUGGAAUUCGGCUUGUUGGAACUUCACACAAUGAAGCCAUGAGUAUUCUCAAACAGUGUGGGCAAGAAGCAACUCUGCUUAUAGAAUAUGAUGUGUCAGUUAUGGAUUCAGUAACAACAGCUUCUGGACCUCUGCUUGUCGAAGUUACCAAAACCGCUGGUUCUGCUCUGGGCGUUGCACUAUCUACCUCAAUGUGUUGCAGCAAGCAAGUCAUUGUUAUAGAUAAAAUAAAAUCUGCAAGUAUAGGAGAUAGAUGUGGUGCAUUACAUAUAGGUGAUCAUAUUCUGUCUAUUGAUGGUACUAGCAUGGAAUAUUGUACUUUGGCUGAAGCAACACAAUUUUUGGCUAAUACUUCUGACAUUGUCAAACUAGAGAUCCUUCCCCAUCAUCAGACACGUCUUGCACUUAAAGGACCAGAACAUGCAGCCUUGGUAUCUUCAUCAUUCUCUCCUGCCUCCAUGAGUGCAUACAGCUUGAGUUCACUGAACAUGGGAACUUUACCUCGCAGCCUCUACUCUACUAGUCCUAGAGGAACAUUGAUGAGAAGAAGAAUGAAAAAGAAGGAUUUCAAAAGCUCAUUAUCACUAGCCUCUAGCACUGUUGGCUUGGCAGGGCAAGUUGUCCACACGGAAACUACCGAAGUAGUGUUGACAGCUGAUCCAAUUGUAGGAUUUGGAAUACAGCUCCAGGGCAGUGUGUUUGCUACAGAGACAUUAUCAUCUCCACCUUUGAUUUCCUAUAUAGAAGCUGACAGUCCAGCAGAAAAGUGUGGCAUCCUACAAAUAGGAGACAGAAUACUGGCUAUAAAUGGGAUCCUAACUGAAGAUAGCACAUUUGAUGAAGCUAAUCAGCUCCUCAGAGAUUCUUCUAUCACUAGCAAGGUCACUUUGGAAAUUGAAUUCGAUGUUGCAGAAUCUGUCAUACCAAGUAGUGGCACUUUUCAUGUAAAACUACCAAAGAGGCAUAAUGUAGAACUUGGCAUCACCAUAAGCUCUCCAUCUAGUCGAAAACCAGGAGAUCCUCUUGUUAUUUCAGAUAUUAAGAAGGGAAGUGUUGCCCAUAGAACUGGGACGUUGGAACUAGGUGAUAAAUUGCUUGCCAUAGACAAUAUUCGACUGGACAACUGUUCCAUGGAAGAUGCUGUUCAAAUCCUGCAGCAUUGUGAGGAACUUGUAAAACUAAAAAUUCGCAAGGAUGAAGAUAACUCUGAUGAACAAGAGAGCUCAGGAGCAAUUAUUUAUACUGUUGAGCUCAAGAGAUAUGGAGGACCUCUUGGGAUCACUAUUUCUGGUACUGAAGAGCCUUUUGAUCCUAUUAUCAUUUCGAGUCUUACUAAAGGUGGAUUAGCUGAAAGGACAGGUGCAAUUCAUAUCGGAGACCGAAUCUUAGCAAUAAAUAGUAACAGUCUGAAAGGGAAACCUUUGAGUGAAGCCAUUCAUUUGUUACAGAUGGCAGGAGAGACAGUGACCUUGAAAAUAAAAAAGCAGACAGAUGGUCAGAGCACAUCAAGUCCAAAUAAAUUUUCUGCCUCUGAUCAUACAAAUGAAUUAAGUGAUGCUGAAGAUGAUACAGCCACCGCACAAAAACCAGGAAAGCUAUCUGAAAUCUAUUCCAUGAUUGUCCCAAGUGUGGACAGUGCUGUAGAAUCAUGGGAUGGCUCUGGAAUGGAUAACAGUUAUGGAAGCCAAGGUCCCAAUUAUCAGGCUUCGGGAUACAACUUCAAUACCUUUGAAUGGAGAGGUCCAAAACAAAAGGGUAGUUUGUCUCCUCUGAAUAGGCCCCGAAUCAACUCCUUCCAUGAUACAGGGUUAUGUGAUGAUGACUGGGAUAAACCAAUAGCAAGUAGUUUUACAGGUGUCCCUGAGCCUGACCAGGAGGAAAACUUCUGGUCCCAAGCACUGGAGGAUUUGGAGACUUGUGGACAGUCAGGAAUUCUGAGGGAAUUAGAGGACAAGGUUGACAGGCGUCUGUAUUUGAGAAACAUGGCUCUCUUGGCUACAAUUAUGUCAGGGAGUACAGUGAGCCUGAAUCAUGAUAACUCUCAAGUUCGCAGCCAUCUAGGAAGACAAGCCAGCUUUCAGGAAAGAAGUACUUCGAGGCCACAUUAUAGCCAGACCACUCGAAGCAACACAUUGCCUUCAGAUGUGGGGAGGAAAUCCAUAGCCCUUAGGAAAAUGAAGCAAGAGAUGAAAGAAAUCAUGUCCCCAACUCCUGUGGAGUUACACAAGAUAACUUUAUACAAGGAUUCUAAUAUGGAGGACUUUGGAUUCAGUGUCUCUGAUGGCUUAUUGGAAAAAGGUGUAUAUGUUAAAAAUAUUCGGCCAGAUGGACCUGGAGAUGUAGGUGGUUUGAAGCCAUAUGACAGACUACUACAGGUAAAUCAUGUUCGGACAAGAGAUUUUGACUGCUGCCUAGUUGUACCCCUAAUAGCAGAGUCUGGUAAUAAAUUAGAACUUGUUAUUAGUCGCAACCCAUUACCUUCCCAAAAGAAGAGCUCAGAACACCAGACUUUCCCAAUAGGACAAUGGAGCCACCCAAACAAUGCCUUCCUUCAACAAAGUGGACAUAACACAGGUUCAGAGAUGAAAUGGGAACCUAUGAACACUUUAUAACCAAAAACUGUAUCAGUCCAAGAGAUUUAAAUGGUGCUAUUUUUUUUAAUAUGUCUGAUACACUGGAAACACAGAUACUAUUCAAUGUUGAGAAGCACACAGGGAAGGUUCUGAUUAUUUCUCAAGGCUCA